AUGCGUGAGCGACGCGACAUCUCGUACCGCAGCCUCAUCCUUGGCGCGCCUGACGCGCCCGGCGAUGAUGCCUCCAGCGCCGGCGGCUGUGGCGGCGCCGCCGCCGCAACGCCACCGCAGCCGCCGCCGCCGCCGUCGUCGCGUGGAGUCUCCUCCUCCUCCUCUGCCGCCACUGUGACUACGGGAGCCGCCAACAAGCCGAAUGGCGUGUCCCCGCUCGCGCAGCGAAUGCACGUGUUCCGCAGUCUCAGCGCCGCCGUUUUGUUCGAGGAGCGAGUGGACGAGGACGGCGUGGUGGUGGUGGGCAGUGGGAGCGAGGCGGAGGACACGGCGUUUGAGCCGGCGGUGAUCGCUGUCUCGAUGACGCCGGGGCCUUCGCGGUCGCAUCGCGGCGGUGGUGCUGGCGGCGGCGGUGCAGGGGCGGUGGCCGGCAUGAAGGCGCCGACUGAGUCCCUGGGCAGCUUGGCGAGUAUCGCGCAGCCAUUGAGUGAGGACAAGAUCAGGCCCGAGCGCCCGGCCAUGCUCAUCAGGCGAACGACCAGCGAGAUUUUCCAGUAUUGGUCCCCGUUGUUGCUCAACUUUGGGCCGGCCCCGAAGAGGGACAAGUCUGAGGAUGCUCCCAAAGCUGCCGAGGGGAUGAUCACUGAUGGCGAGACCCCUGAGGGCCUUGAUGUCACUCCAUCAGAUGCCGGUGGAGAAACGCAGGAGGGCACGGAGCGAACGCAUCGUCUCAUCAGCAUCAGCAAGGCCCCGUCGGAAAUCACGUUCGCCUGGGACAACAUCAACGUGCACACAAAACCCGAGUCGCAGACCCUUUGUGUAGAUUUUGAGGAAGUCUGGGAUCACAAGGUGUUGAGUUUUUACCAAGGGGAGGCUCUUUUAGUUUGCCCAGUGAGUGGAGUAGUGCGUCCUGGCGAAUUGCUGGCAAUCAUGGGCGCCAGUGGGGCCGGAAAAACCACCCUUUUAAACUCGCUGACUUUCCGGAACUUGCGGAAGUUGGACGUGACUGGCAACGUUUACGCGAACGGAUAUCCGGUUAAUGCCGGGCAUCUGACUGCCAUUUCCGCCUACGUGCAACAGGAGGAUCUUUUCAUCGGCACACUCACUGUUCGGGAGGUCCUCAAAUUCCAGUCAAAGCUUCGUGUUAGACAUCCCGAGAUGAUGUUGAUUGAUGAGCGUGACUGGACGGAAAUCACGUGA